ACUAACAACUACUCAUGGACAAGACAUCAGUGAGAGAAUCCUAGAGCAUGAGAGUGAGGCUGAAGCAACCCCUCCACCACGAAGACCUAAUAACAAUAGAAGGGUAUAUUUCUCAUUUAACCAAAGAGGAAAUAUCUGUAUGGAUGAAAACUGACAUUAAUUACAAAAGAAUUGGAGACACAAAUAAAUGGCAAAGGAAUAAAAGCAAAAAUAAACAACUGAGACUACAUAAAAAAAAAAGUCUUUUCACAGUGAAGGAAACCAUCAACAAAUUGAAAAGGGAAGGUAGCCCUUGUCCUGACUCCUUAUGUAGGACUGUGCGAAGAGGCUCCCUCUCAGUAAGGCCUACUCAGCCUAGAGACAGCUGUGCCAUUUGGGAGUUAGCUAGCUGGAGACCCAGGAGAGCCAAUGGUGUAGUUCUGAUUCUGAAGUCAGGUAUUUAUUGGAUUGGACGAGGCCUCCCCAGAAAUCUGCUCUCCCCAGUCUACCGACGAGAUCGUAAUCUCAUCCAGAAACACCCUCACAGACACACCAAGAAUAAUGUUUCACCAAAUCUCUGGGUGCCCUGUGGCCCCAUCAAGGAUGCUUCCUAAUGAUCUGGGACUUUCCUUUUACUUCACAAUAAACAGAUUUUCCCUGACUACAAGUUCACCAGUAAGGAGUUCCCCAUAUAGUUGAAAUAAAUAUCUUUCACUUAAGCUUUUUAUUUCUUAUGUUAGUCGUCUUUUUUGGCCUGAUGAGUCAGCGCGGAAAUGAAAGUGAGGGAUGUGUAUUCAUUUGGUUGACUGUUGAAAUCUCAACAGUAGUAUCUCUGUAAUGCAAAACCCUUCCUUGGGCUUGUGGUUCAAGAGCAUGAGAAUUGCUAUUGGUUUUGACUUGCCAUUCAUCCUACCCAGUGCUCUGUCUUUGACAGGGAUCCCAAGAUUGAGGUGAUCAGGAGGACUGGGUCUGUGUGCUAUCAAUUUCAAAUGACUAGUGAUGUGAUCCAAAAUAGUCAUUCUAUUGUUGCUGUCAUUCAGGCACAUCCUACUGAACGGCCAUCAUGAGAAAGGCAUUGUUGUGUACUGUGAAGGACCCACAAGGAUAUGACACACAAUCCCUGCCUUUAGGAUUUAGUAGGGAAAAUAAAAU